CCGGCGCCUAGGGGCCGCGGCGCAGGGACUGGUCGCCGCUUGCGGGGAGCCGAGCGAGGUGAGCGCCCCCCGGAUCCGGCGCCCCGCGCCCCAACUCCCGCGCACCCGUCAGUUACCGGGCUUUGCCCCUUGCCGGCGCCCCCCGUCCGCCCAACAUGCCGGGGGGGGGAAGCGGUUCCCGGUCCCGUUUACUGAAGGUGGUUUGGGGAUUUUAACGCUGGUUUGUUAUUUUAAUAAACUGCCUAAAAGCGAAGAAUAAAAGGCAAGGCUGAGGCAAAAUAGGUAGAAAAAAUAGAUUCAGCUCCUUUUGGAUGCAGGUUUAAAUCUGGAUUGGUGGUCGUUCAUUCGUUUUGAAACAAAAUAAGUGUGAAACGUGGACUCUGUGAGAGAAUCAGGUGCUGGGCUUGACGUUAUUUCUUUUUUGAAUCUCAAUUCAAAUUUUGCUGCUUGUGGAGUUUUUAAAGGGCCUUUUCAGGGCAGCUUUUACAUCUGACAAAAUGAAGUGCAUCUAUUUUUCAGUCAGUUAUACAUAAUAUUGGCAUCCUGUUUAGCACAAGGGACUAACGCACUGCCUGAGCCAGCAGAACAUCGGACCGGUUUCCUUUUUUGUUUUGUUUUUGCUACAUGUAACUGAUUGCGUUAAAGCACACUGGUUUCCCCCCCUCCCCCACAUCCUUUUAAAGAUUUUUCCAAAAUGAAGAAAUUUAAUUUCCGCAAAGUUUUGGAUGGUUUAACUGCCUCAUCUCCUGGUGGCAGUAGCGGUGGUGGCAGUAGCAGUGGUGGUGGAAUUGGCGCUGGAAGUGGAUCCAUGCAUCCAGGAGGGACGACAGGUGCUGCAGGGACACCCAGAGAUGAGAUCCAGGAAAUCCUGUCUUCGGAUUAUUUCCAGAUUUGUAAGACGGUUCGCCAUGGUUUUCCUUAUUUGCCUACUGCCUUAGCUUUUGACCCAGUUCAGAAAAUUCUGGCUGUGGGGACAAGAACAGGAGCCAUACGAAUACUGGGCAGACCCGGUGUUGAUUGCUACUGCCAACACGAAAGUGGUGCCGCGGUACUGCAGCUCCAAUUCUUAAUCAAUGAGGGUGCCUUGGUCAGUGCGAGUGCUGAUGACACACUUCAUUUGUGGAACCUAAGACAGAAACGGCCUGCUAUUCUUCAUUCUCUGAAAUUUAACAGAGAACGGAUUACGUACUGCCAUCUUCCUUUCCAAAGUAAAUGGCUCUACGUUGGAACAGAGAGGGGAAAUACACAUAUUGUAAAUAUUGAGUCCUUCAUUCUUUCUGGAUACGUUAUCAUGUGGAACAAGGCAAUAGAACUAUCCACAAAGACUCACCCUGGCCCAGUUGUACACCUAAGUGAUAGCCCAAGAGAUGAGGGGAAACUAUUAAUAGGCUAUGAAAAUGGGACAGUAGUACUCUGGGACUUGCGAUCAAAAAGAGCAGACUUAAGAGUUUAUUAUGAUGAGGCUAUUCAUUCUGUUGACUGGCAUCAUGAGGGGAAGCAGUUCAUGUGCAGUCACUCUGAUGGCAGCUUGACUCUGUGGAACUUGAAAAGUCCGAGCAGACCAUUUCAGAUAACAAUCCCACAUGGAAAAAUUCAAAGAGAUGGGAAAAAACCUGAGUCUUGUAAACCAAUUCUGAAAGUAGAAUACAAGACAUGUAAAAGCAGUGAACCAUUUAUAAUCUUUUCUGGUGGACUAUCCUAUGACAAAGCUUGUCGAAGACCAAGUCUAACCAUCAUGCAUGGAAAAGCUAUUACGGUGCUUGAAAUGGAUCACCCUAUAGUUGACUUUUUAACUCUUUGUGAAACACCAUAUCCAAAUGAAUUUCAAGAACCCUAUGCUGUAGUUGUACUAUUGGAAAAAGAUCUCAUUGUUGUUGACCUAACACAAAGCAAUUUUCCAAUCUUUGAAAAUCCUUAUCCGAUUGACAUUCAUGAGUCACCAGUUACCUGUACAGAAUAUUUUGCUGAUUGUCCUCCAGAUUUGAUUCCCGUGUUGUAUUCUGUAGGAGCUAAACAUAAAAAGCAAGGAUACAGCAAUAAGGAAUGGCCAAUCAGUGGGGGAGCAUGGAACCUAGGAACACAGACAUAUCCUGAAAUUAUUAUUACAGGUCAUGCAGAUGGAUCGAUAAAGUUUUGGGAUGCCUCUGCCAUAACUCUACAGAUGUUGUACAAGUUAAAAACGUCAAAAGUGUUUGAAAAACAGAAGCUAGGGGAAGGAAAACCAACAGCUGAGAUUGUAGAAGAAGAUCCUUUUGCCAUUCAGAUGAUGUACUGGUGCCCUGAAAGCCGAAUUUUCUGUGUGGCAGGAGUCUCUGCAUAUGUUAUUGUGUACAGAUUCAGCAAACACGAAGUGAAUACUGAAAUAGUGUCAUUAGAGGUGCGACUUCAGUAUGACGUAGAAGAUAUCAUUACUCCUGAACCAGAAAUAAUUCCUCCGUUUCCUGAUGCCUCAUCCCAACUUCCUUCCUUAAGGAGCCUUUCAGGCAGUACCAACACUGUGGCAUGUGAAGGAAUGAUGAAGGACAGUAUCCCAUGUCUUAGUGUUAAGACUCGACCGGUGCGAAUGCCUCCUGGUUACCAAGCAGAGCUUGUUAUUCAGUUGGUGUGGGUAGAUGGUGAGCCUCCACAACAAAUCACCAGUCUGGCCGUAAACUCAGCCUAUGGACUAGUUGCAUUUGGGAACUGCAAUGGUUUGGCUGUUGUGGAUUUUAUGCAGAAGACAGUAUUGCUGAGCAUGGGAACCAUUGACCUAUACGGAUCAAGUGAUCCAUACCAGCGUCAGCCCCGUUCUCCACGCAAAAACAAGCAGUUCACUGCAGACAACUUUUGCAUGCGUGGCCUGUCUAACUUUUAUCCUGAUUUAACGAAACGGAUCCGUACUUCCUAUCAGAGCCUGACUGAACUCACUGACAGUCCAGUUUCCCUGGAGCUAGAGCGUUGCAAGUCUCCCACUUCAGUUAAAGGAUCAAGAAAGUUAAGUCUGCCAACAGAUCUUAAGACUGAUCUUGAUCAUGUAAACGGGCACUGUACAAGCCCAACCUCCCAGACUUGCAGCUCUGGAAAGCGGCUCCCUAACGCAGAUGUUACAAAAUCAAAUCGCCGAGGGCCUGGGAGGCCCCCAUUUAGGAAAGCACAGUCUGCGGCUUGCAUGGAGAUUUCCCUUCCAGUCACAACAGAAGUAGGUUACAUUUCCAGACGGGCAAUGCUUCAGCAAUUACAUGGAGUCAGUACAUUCUCACACGACGAGCGUCACUAUGCCGCUUACGCAUGGAUGGACAAAGAAAACCGGGAAAACACCUUCAGCCGUUCCCGAAGCUCCAGUGUCUCCAGCAUCGACAAGGAGUCCAAGGAGGCAAUUACAGCUUUGUACUUUAUGGAGACCUUUUCACAGAAGAAUGACUCUACUGUCUCCCCCUGUCUGUGGGCUGGAACAGGCCUUGGUAUGGUCUUAAUCAUCUCCCUUAAUCUGCCUGCUACUGAGGAGUUAAGGCAGACAGAACCAGUCAUGGUGUCUCCAAGUGGUACAGUUCUGAUGCUGAAGGGAGCAGUGCUGACUUUUUCAUGCCUGGACUGCAUGGGAGCAUUGAUACAUCCACCCUAUGAAGUAUGGAGGGACCCAAAUAGCAUGGAUGACAGUGAAAAAAUGAGAAAAAGGAAACUUGUCAUGUAUUCUCCUUCCUCCUCCGGGGAUAUGGGAGAUCAUCAGUUUGCUGUCAUCUGCUCAGAAAAACAAGCCAAAGUUUUCUCACUGCCUUCCCAGGCAUGCCUCUAUGUUCACAACAUCACAGAAACGUCCUUUCUACUGCGAGCAGAUGUGGUGACCCUGUGUAACAGCAUCUGCCUGGCUUGCUUUUGUGCCAACGGGCAUAUCAUGGCGAUGAGCUUGCCCAGCCUUCGCCCAAUGCUGGAUGUCAACUAUUUGCCAGUAACAGACAUGAGGAUAGCACGGACAUUUUGUUUCACCAAUGAAGGGCAAGCUUUGUAUCUCAGCUCCCCCACAGAGAUCCAGCGACUGACAUACAGCCAGGAGAUGUGUGACAAUCUACAGGAUAUGCUUGGGGAUUUGUUUACCCCAGUGGAAACACCAGAAGCCCAGAACCGAGGAUUUCUCAAGGGGCUGUUUGGAGGAAGUGGGCAGACUUUUGACAGAGAAGAGCUGUUUGGUGAGGCUUCAGCAGGAAAAGCCUCUCGGAGCCUGGCUCAGCACAUCCCUGGCUCGGGUGGAAUCGAGGGUAUGAAAGGAGCUGCAGGAGGGGUAAUCGGAGACUUGGCUCGUGCGCGCCUCGCCCUUGACGAAAGAGGACAGAGACUGGGAGAACUGGAUGAAAAGACUGCAAGCAUGAUGGCUAGUGCAGAGGCAUUUUCCAAACAUGCACAUGAGUUGAUGCUGAAAUAUAAGGACAAGAAAUGGUACCAGUUUUAGACUUUUAAAGAAGCUUCUUGGCUUUGAUGAGAACACUAUUCAGGGAAGCGGAACCUAUUCUCAACACUACCAGUCACUGGCCAGAAGCAAAACUUUCUCCUAGGAAAUGUUUUCCUGUUAUUUGUUUGGAUUCACCACAAGCGGGAAGUCAAGGAGAAGUUUUAUAACCCACAAAAUAGAGCCUAGACUUGUAUUGGUCUUUUAGUCAAAAUACCUGGCUCACGGUGUAGUAAAUCUUUUUCCAAAAGCAACUGGACAGUCACGUUGGGAUGUAGCUUUUUUCAGAAGCUCUAGGAAUGAACUGUGGAGUGUGUCUCUGGUUAAAAAUAUUCUGUACAAACCUAGAAUGUUAAUGCACUUAUUAAAAAAUGAAUACAAUUUUGCAUGACCAAUUGACAUCUUAAAAAGAAAGCAUGUUGUGACCGAAGAAAAAGGGAUUUAUUUCUAUGCUGAGCAAAAAAAUAUUUAAAGACAGCAAAAAUCUUUAUUUUUAAAAACUACACUACAACCAGCCAGUACAUUUCAAGCAUGGCUGCUACUACUCUGGACAGAAGAACUGCAUUUUCUUAUUUGCUGCUAAUUCUUUUCCUUAGCUUGAAAUCAUCAGCGCUAUUUAAUUCCUAUCCAAAGAAUAAACAAACAUCCAAAUCCAAUCCAAAUGCUUUUAGUGUUUGUGAAGUCACUUAAGUGAGAGUAGAGGAUGUCUUUACAAUCCAAAGAGUGCAGGAAACCCCUUCCAUAAACACUAAUUUUCUGAAAGAAAGAUGUGUACAGCUUGCUAGAUUCAUCUCAAGCAUCCUUUGAGGGGGCUAUGAUACCAUGUGUCACCCUAGGAGUGGCUGAAUCACUUGGUUGCCUUGUUUUUUCAAUAUUAGAAGUUGAGUCAUUAAUUUAUUGAAUUCAGCUGAAAAAAGUAGAGGGCCCAGUGGGUCAAGUUGGUAAAUCCCCUCAAGUCAGUGACUUCAGCGGCUUGCAGGAAAGAGUUCUCCCUGACAAUGCACUGAAGUGAUGCUAAGCAAAUUGUACAGUAACCCAAUUUAAAGCUGGCUGAUCACACCAGCAACAGGUUUAAACUCCAAAGCCCUGCAGAUUUAAUUUUAUAUAGACCGGUUUCUCCACUGUCUUGCCUGGUGUAUCACCGCUUACAACCUGUGCAAAGCUGGUGUAAAACACUGCCAUAGAGAUGAGUGAGUGGAGAAUUCAGGAGCACAUUAUAUCUACUUUGCACAAGUGUAAAGGCCUACAUGAGGUGCAAGGUACUGGUGAAAUAGGCCAUGCAUCUCAGCAAAGCUGCUGCCAGACCUCAACUGCUGCCCUGGGGCUUUACGUGGUUCCCAUCAUGGGCUUUUACUUUUCUUCAUUUCGCAGAUACUGUCCGAUUCUUUUCCAGAGUAGUUUAUCAUGAUGCAUUUGCCUGAACAGAAUUCCUAUUAGAUAAAAGUCAGUUGCCUUCCCCAGCUCAGUUUUACUCCUCUGCAUGAGCAUAAUUUCUAAAGUAACCAACUGUGAAGUCAGAUGGAUUCUAAAAUUGGCUUGGGAACAAAGUGCCAACGUCAUGUUUGCCAGCAAGUAUGCACAAGUACAAACUAGGGAGAGAGAGACACUUUGCAUCAGGAGAAUUCACUUUGAAGGAAAAUGGUCUGAGAAAGCAGCUACAGCUAGUGAUCUCCCAAAUAGCCAUGGCCAUCAGAUUUGCUUUAACUUCCUACAUGUUUGUAUCAUGACAGUUUAAUGCACGCUCCUGAUCACAAGACACUGCUCUGGAUUCUGCAUUUCCAUGGAAAGCACUGCUAACUCUCACAGCUAUUCCUUUCUCAUAGCUUUAGUGGUGGGGUGGGUGCUCACUGGUGAAAACACCUCUUUGAUAUUUAAUUCAGCUCAAUUUUAGAUAUAGGUUUUGGAUUCAGAAGUCUGGCAUCACAAGCUGUGUGAAUUAAGGCUAUGGCACAAGUUUGAGGCAUCAUUAAGGUUUACACCGUUAUGGCUCAAUAUGAAUUUUUUGCUAUACAGAAUUUUUAAAUUUUACUGUGGGCAAGGUUAAAAUGACAGCUUUGACCGUUAUAAUCCAGUUAUAGGCCUUAUGGCUAAUCCAGCCCCUAUGUGAAUUGCAUGUUUACUCUACAUGUACUCUGGCCUAUAGUUAGUCUGAAUCACUAAUCUUGUGGGCACUUUAGCAUUACAAACACCUUAGAGAGGAUAUGUUCCCUAAUUUAUCUGCAAGACCUGAGAAGGUAUUUAAACUGUCACUGGGUUAGGAUCAGAACAGGAGGGAAAUCAUUCUACCAGGGACAUGAGUUUGUUCUGUAACUUACUGCACCUGUUUCUAUACUAAUAUAUCUGGUAUGAAAAAGAUAUUCAAGGGUGGUGCCAUGUACACUUCUUCUACUGGCUACACUGGCAGUUUCCAUUGCAAUUCAAUGACAUAUUGCAGUAUCCAUAAAUGCAUCACACAUGCCUGUGUGUGUGAGUGAUUAGGAUGGUACUAGGUCUGUAAUAUAUAGAAAUUCUUGGCUUGCUAUUCUGCUUUUAGGCAAAGGUGUUACUUAACAUCAGUUCAGGAACCUAUGAUCCUAAAUGCAAUGGGAGCCUCCUUAGACAGAUGCUAGAGCUCACUCCCUCAUGAAGCAGUUGCACAAGUCAGUUUAAACAGCUACAGCCUGUGCAAAGGGAAAUGUGCCUCCAGCAGGUCAUUUCCAUCACACUUGCUCUAUCAACAGUCUCUAACUUACCACCACGCUGUAUCAGUGGGAAAGUCAGCCAGUACCUUUCAGUUUGCCUCUUGACUUCACAAAAGAAGAAUUUAGAUUCCCCAAACAUACAAUUUUGAAUGUUUAAAUCCAUCAUCUUUUUCUCUAGAAAAACUCCCCAGGAGGUCACACUAUAUCUUCCUUGGCAUAUUGUACAUCUUUCCAGAAAGUUACAAAUUCCUGUUUCUGUAAUGUUCAGCUCUUGUGACUAUAAUUAUUAAUUUUCUUGUAGUCUGUAGAGAUCUAAAAAAUUGUAUAUGUUUGUAUAUAGAACGUUCUAUAUAUAUAAAUAUAUAUAUGUAAUGUAUAUGUUGUAUAAGUUUGUUAGUGCACACUGUUAAAAUGCUUUCUAUUGAGAUUUGUCGUGGAUGUGGGAAAAGCCUUCACCUCAAAAUUUAAGGAGGGUGGGGGAAGCCGGCCAGUUAGUUUCUUGUGACAUGAGGAGGAGUGUGGGAUUUUUAAAAGGCCUACCCUAAACAUUUUUUGUUAAUAACGAGAGUAAUAAAGCUGCAGCCUUCAAGCUGAUAAUCAUAGCAAUGAUUUUACUUGCUGAGAGGAAAAUUAGGACACUAGUCUUUCUAAGAAAAUUGUUGAAAUCAAACGUGCUUUCACCUUUUCUACCAAGCCAGUACCAGCUCACGCAAAAUCCAUAACUUUUAGGCUCUUUCAACAUCUAAACUCUUAGUUAAAAAGUACAAACUCCAGAUAGGUUACAUUAGAUUUAAAGUAUAAAAAACUAUCUCUAGCAACACUUUUGGCAUAAUAUUGCUCAAUUAAAUUUUUUUGUUAUGUUAGAAAAUACAUUUUUCACUCCCCCCAAAAAUAUGCACUAUCCCAAACAAUCAGAUAUACAAGAUACACACACAGCUAGGGGUGCAACAGGCAGAUAAAAUAAAUUAGAUUCAUUAUGUGGCUUCUCAUUAGAUGAGUCCUUACUAGUAAGAACUAUUUUAUAUGCAGCCAACUCCUAGACCUAGACCACUUUAAACUUCAAUUCUGAAUUAAAAUUGUUUAAAAAAUCUAAUGAAAUUCUGUAACAGCACCAGGAUUUGUUCCCUAUAAUCAUAUAAGAUUUUCUAAAUCAUAUUUUUUUAAAUUCCUAUGUCCCAACUAUUUAUACUUCUGAGUAGAUGUGGUCUGACUGCAUUCCUGAAUCCAAAUUAGACAUCUUUUCUCUGUAUUAAACAGAAUAUAGGUUUUGCAUAAAUAUUUAAAUAUAAACAGAUAUUCGAUCAUUAGAUGUGUGUGAAGUUAUCACAAAAAUUCUCUAUACAACUUUUUACAUAUUCCUUUUUCAGAAACCAUCACACCCAAUUCCUUGUGUGUAUUAUAAUAAAUAAAUAGUAUACCGAAAAAAUAAUUCUGUAUGUAUCUAAUGUGGAAAAACAUCACAGCUAAUGUAAAUGCUGUAUUCAACCUCAGGAUUAUUCUGUUUAUAAAUUGUGUCUAUUAUAUCACAGGCAAAUUGCAGACUGCAUUUAAUUGCACCCUUUAAGUAUUCUACUCUGGGUUUCCCACAUCACUUUUCAUGACCUAAAGGUGAAUGCAAACACAAUAUAUUUCAGUCUUGAUUAAUUCUGCCUUGGUAAGGUCUCAGUAAGAACACACUCGCUCUCAUUAAUGAGUUGCAUGUUUCCAUUUGUUGACAACGCUUCAUCUAGGUGUAAUUCAUGUAAAAAAGAGUUUCCAUUCGUGUGUUUUCUCUUAUGUGAUUAUUGACUAAAAUCAAAAAUUGUAUUUUUUUUUAAACUAGUGUCCAAUAUUCUGGCUCUGUCAAGGACCUGUGGACAAAUUAUGUGUGUUUUUUAUUAAUGAGGCACCACCUAUAUUUCAAAACGAAGGUUAAAUCCAGGAGUGAAGUGCACACUCCUCCUGCUCCACUAGCCAUUUACUGUUUUGACAGAUACCUUAAAGUUGGCAUCACAAAGGUAAAUUAAGGCAUCUUUGAUUGAAGCUAUUCUGAGUUCCCGGUGAAAGAAUUGAUGGAAAGAAAAUAAAGGAAAGAAUUGACAUUA